UCACCUUCGCACCCCGCGCUUCACCCUUGCACAACAUCCGCCACCCGGUGGCUUUGGAAGCGCAGGCUUGACUGUUGGGCACGACACCUAUACAACAUAAAAGAGGGUUGGCUGCCUGAGCCUGACAGUAUCUCCUCUCAGCCAUUACCAGUCCCUCCCUUUUUUUAUUUCCUUUCCCUUUCUGGCCGCAGCUCCAAGCCCCCACCUUGAAAGAUGGCAACCGUCAACGUGGUAAUAAAGCACCAAGGCAAAAAGUACGACGUCGAGGUUGACACGUCUGCGACUGGCGAGCUUCUCAAGUAUCAACUGUUCAGUCUCACCGGCGUCGAGCCUGAGCGGCAGAAGAUUCUAAUCAAGGGCGGUCAACUCAAGGAUGACACCGACCUGAGCAAGCUCGGGCUGAAGCCCGGCCAGGUCAUCAUGAUGAUGGGUACGCCAGGCGAGGGCGGGGGCCAGAUCGUGCGGCCGACCGAGAAGAUCAAGUUCCUCGAAGACAUGACCGAGGCCGAGGCCGCGCAGCAGGCCGGAGCCAUCCCCGCUGGCCUGGUCAAUCUCGGCAACACCUGCUACCUCAACUCGACGCUACAGGCUCUGCGCUCCAUUCCUGAGCUCCAGGAUGCUCUUGCGAAGCACAAACACACGUCCAUGUCGGAAAUUCCUCAGCUGGACAUCACGAACCAGCUCAAGGACCUCUUCAAGGACAUGUCAGAGACACAAGGCGGCAUGUCGCCGUUCACGUUUCUGAAUGCUCUGCGGGUGACCUAUCCCCAGUUCGCCGAGCGCUCGAAGAAAGGGCCGGGCUACGCCCAGCAGGAUGCCGAGGAGGCGUGGUCCCAGAUCGUUUCGCAGCUGAGACAAAAGCUUCGGGGGCCUGAACCGGCCGAAGGCGACACCGCCAGGGCCGGGUCCUUCGUGGACAAAUACAUGGCUGGGGAGUUCUCCAGCACGCUUGAAUGCAACGAGCCCGAGGCCCGCGAGGGUGGCGAGCAACCAACCUCAGCCAAGGAGACGUUUCUCAAGCUCAACUGCCACAUCGAUAGUCAGACUGCUCACUUGAGGGAUGGCCUCGUGAGCGGCCUAACGGAGAAGAUCGAGAAGCGAUCGGAGGUGUUGGGCAGGGAUGCCACGUACACCAAGACGUCCAGGAUCUCGCGGCUACCAAAGUAUCUCACUGUCCACUUUGUGCGCUUCUUCUGGAAGCGCGACGUCCAGAAGAAGGCCAAGAUCAUGCGCAAGGUGACGUUCCCGCACGAGCUGGAUGCCGUCGAGUUCUGCACGGACGAGCUGAAAAAGGCCCUCAUCCCUGUCCGAGACAAGGUGCGCGAGGUGCGCAAGGAUGAGGAGGACAUUGAGCGGGCUCGCAAGCGCCGAAAGAAGAACCACAUGCUGGACGGCGAAGUACCGGGCGAGAAGAAGGAAGGCGCCAAGAAGGACGACAAGAAGGACGACAAGAAGGACGACAAGAAGCCCGCCAAGUCGGCGGACGGCGACGUUGAGAUGGCCGAGACGUUCAAGACGGAGGCCGAGUGGGAGGCGGAGAAGGAGGCGGCGCUCUUGGAGUCCAAAAAGGAGCUGAACGCCUUGAUCGAUCCGGAUCUCCGGAAAGACGAGGGCGCCAACCACUCGGGCCUCUACGAGCUCCGCGCGGUCGUCACUCACCAGGGCGCCAGCGCCGACAGCGGCCACUACACGGCGUACGUCAAAAAGACGGGCCCCAAGGAUCCCGUCACCGGCAAGAUCGGCGAGGAGGACGGCAAGUGGUGGUGGUUCAACGACGAUAAAGUGACCGAAGUGACGUCGGACAAGAUCGACGCGCUGGCGGGCGGCGGCGAGUCGCACUCGGCGCUCAUCCUCCUCUACAAGGCCAUUCCCCUUCCUACCGCCGAAGGUGUGAUGGAAUAAGUGAGGUCUGACUUGCUAAUUUCUCGGGGGAUGUGGGCUACAGACGGGCACGGCGUUGGCUGCUGAAUCUACACCGGCGCCGGGGCGUACGGAGGGCAAUGAAGUUGUCAUCUUGCAGGACCACAUCUGGUAGACCGGCCACGCUAUGUUAGACAAAGUGUCCGAACUCAUGAAAGAUUGCUCGGGGUAUCUG